GGGGGGGGGGGGAGCGAGACCCGCGGAGCGGCGGCGAUGAGCGGCCGGCGCUGAGGCACCGAGAUGGACGCGGAGGCCACCAUCCCCAUCUGGCAGAACAAGCCCCAUGGCUCAGCUCGCAGCGUGGUCAGGAGGAUUGGCUCCAACCUGCCCCUGAAGCCCUGUCCCAGGGCCACCUUCGAGGUGCUGCCCAGUGUGUCAGAUCUGUACCUGGGUGAUGUCCCCCCUGUCCCCACCCUGGCUGACAUCGUGUGGAUCGCAGCGGACGAUGAGGAGACCUACGCCAGGGUCAGAAGUGACACUCGUCCCCUGAAGCACAAGUGGAAGCCCAGUCCCUUCACAGUGAUCCAGAGGAACGCCUCAGUGCCCAACCUGAGGAAGCAGGAGGAGAAGCUGCUGGCCCUGAAGAAGCCUGGCUUGCCAGCCCUGAGCAGGACCACGGAGCUGCAGGACGAGCUGAGUCACCUGCGGAGCCAGAUCGCCAAGAUCGUGGCUGCAGAGUCAGCCUGUGCCCAGCUGAGCCCGGAUCUGCUGUCCCCAGGCAGCUCCAAUGCCUCCUCCCCCGUGCACGGCUUCGGCCCCUCCUUCCAGUCCAGCACGUCCUUUGUCAUCAGCGACAUCACGGAGGAGGAGGCGGAGCUGGAGAGCCCCGAGCUGCCCUCGGUGGCCGAGCUCUGCCCCGCCCCUGAGAGCUGCCGGCCCGAGCACAAGGAGCCCGAGGAGGAGGAUUCCGUGUCCCUCUCCAAGGCCAGCAGCUUUGCUGACAUGAUGGGAAUUCUCAAAGACAUUCAUAGGAUGAAGCAGAGCAAGGAUUUGAGCCGCCCCUCCCUGAAGGAGGAGGACCCGGCCGUGCUCAUCGCCGAGGUGCUCAGGAGGAAAUUCGCCCUCAAGGAUGAAGACCUGGCCCUGAAGGAGAAGUGAUGCUGCUGCCACUCAGCUCUGCAAGCAAAAAGAAAAUCUGCUCCCAAAAUCUCCUGCGCAGUAGCUGCUUCUCCCAAGGGUUUCUGAGCCUCUUUGCCUCUGUGAUUCACCAGACGUGGUUUGUGCACGGACACCUCCUUAGGAAAGGCCCUGUGGCUUUGGUGUGUUUCCCAUGUGUUGUUCUAUUUAAGGAAAAAACCUUUGGGAGAAGAUGGAAGCUCUUUUCCACCUGUGUUUUGGUGUUGGUGAGGAUCUCCUGGAGUGCUGCUGGAUGAAGUUCUUUCUACCUGCACUUCUCUUGAGGUUCCAGUUGAGCUGUGAGGAUAAAACCAGUUCAUGUCCAGUAUGAGCAGGACAAAACCUGCAAUCCUUUAUCCUGAGGAUGGUCCAGAGCUCAGCAGUGCUCCCAGCUCUCCAGGCCUUUGGGAGAAGUUGGAAAAGAUUUUUUUUUUUCCCCAAAACCCCCUGGUUUGGUUCUGAAGGAUUCCCCGUGCCCUGGUUGUUUUUUUUUUCUCACAGAUCAGCCACAGUUGCAUGACAGAACAGCCUUAAUUUCUUGCCAGUAAUUUAAUGUCCCAUCUCCAGUCCCUGUAUCCCCAAGCUGUGUUUUAUUUCACCUUCCAGAGGUCUCUUUAUUGACCUUGCACCAGUGCAAAGGGCCAAGCAGCCCAGGGAAGGAGCAGCUUGGCCUUGGCUGUGGCUGCAGCUCCCCCUCACUCAGAGCUCCACGUUCCCUGCACUGCCCCUCAUGGCUGUGUUUCAAAUAGGAUUUUUUUUUCCUUUCUAUAAAAUGGAGCCUUAAUAAGA